AUGGGCUCAAGCUUCGCGCCAGGAUUGAUAGAAGCACGGGUCAGCCAUCUCACUGCGAAUGGCAGACGCUGGCUGUUCAGCUCGGGCGUUGCAAGCGCUAGCCUUCAAGCUUCUGCUGCCAACGUGGGUAGCAACCUGAGCGGAAACAAGGUUGGCAGCGACAACACGGUCAAUACCACUGUGAACUUGUUCAACCUGACUUUGCCUUCCAUUGAUGUGUCAUCGUUGCGCAUCGCUCGGGAGAAAUUCCGCAGUCUCAGGGACCCAUUCAUCUUCAAGUGCGAUUCUGAGGUCUUGAGGGACGGUGAGAAAGAGGAACUGAAGCAGAUCUUGGUAUGCACAUCCGCAAUGCGACGAGAGAUUGACGACCAGUUUGGUGCUACAAAUGAUGCCGGGAGUACCUGCCGCGUGUGGCGAUUCGGGUUCAUUGAAAUGAAGAAACCAGAAGGUGCGAGGGAAACUCAUGUCUUGAUUACACUGUAUGAGGUUCAUUUUGAACCCAAGGCCGGAGAAGGUCAGGCGAUAGACCUUCAUGAGCACAAAGCCAUGAGGGACUGGAUGGUUGACGAGGCCCGCAAGAGGCUCGAAGACCGACCGGAGAUUCACAUACAACUCGGCCAACGAGUCGAUUCGGAUCAAACGGGGACCGCAUGGCAACCGCAAAGCUGGCAAGACAAGUGCAAGACGGCAGGCCUUGGGUCUUACUUGUUGCUCGUUCAUGUGAUGCUGGUCUGGUGCCUGGUGGAACAACAGCGAAGGCGAGACAUAAGCAGGUCGAAUGAUCUGUGCGAGCAGAAGCUGAAUGAUCGGAUCUCCGAUUCUACCGAGAAGAAGCUGAGAGAGCUGAACGAUCGGUUCGAGCAGAAGCUGAGCGAGCUGAGCGAUGGUUUUGUUCAGAAGAGCGAUCAGUUCGAGCAGAAGCAGAGCGAGGCAAGCAAUCGGUUCGAGCAGAAGCUGAGCGAGCAGAGCGAUCGGUGCGAGCAGAAGCUUGGGGAGCUGAGGUGCCAACCCUCUGGCCCCUUCAACUUCAUUGAGAUAAUAAGAUGA